AUGAAGGAGGAGUUCGUCGUGCUCCUCGGUGCCUGCCCCCGCCUCAACCGCCAGACGUACUGCGCCUACCUGUUCAUGGAGAGGUGCAUGUUUGGCCGGCAGAUGGAGAAGGAGCAGAUCAUCGGCUUUCUGCUACAGCCUGCGCAAGAUUUCGAUGUCCUCCCGAUCAUUGGCCCUCACGAGAGCCAUGACGACCAUGGUCAUCAUCAAGGCUUGAUAGACUCCGCUUCCGCUGCAAUAUUCGUGAUUGACCUCGCCGGCGGCGAUGGGGGCGAGGAGAGAAGGUUCCGCUCGUCCAUGCGCCGCCGCGCGCACGGGGAGAGCAAGAUCAUAAUCAUCAGCAGGACGGAGAGGCACUCGGCGCUAGGUACAGUUCCGCCGCUCAGGUUGCGGGCGCCGUGCCGGGAGAAGCUCUGGUACCUAUUCAAAGCCCUCUCGUUCGGUGGUGCGGACCCGGAGGAGCGCCCGGAGAUAGGAAAAACGCGUCGUGAAGAUCUACCGGCCACAGGCACAGGCACACAGCCGGCCUGCAACAUCAUGGCGAGGAUUCUCCAGGUUGUGGCGCCUCUCCUCCUCCUCCUGCUCCGCACUGGCCUCCGGGAGCUCCUCUCGCCAACGACGACGAUCGACCACCAGCCGUCGGAGGGUGCUGCCAACGGCGGCGGAACAACGACCGGCGGCGGCGAGGUCCUCCUCCACCCGCUGGUGCUGGUUCCCGGGCUGACCUGCAGCGAGCUGGAGACGCGGCUCACGGACGCCUACCGCCCCUCCGUUCCGCGGUGCGGCGCGAUGAAGGGGAAGGGCUGGUUCGGGCUCUGGGCCAACUGCUCCGACCUGCCCGUGCACCACUACGUGCAGUGCUUCAUCGAGCAGAUGACCCUCGUCUACGACCCCGCCGCCAACGACUACCGGAACCUCCCCGGCGUCGAGACGCGCGUGCGCGUCUUCGGCUCCUCCCGAGGCUUCCAGAGGAACCCGGAGCACACGACCUGGUGCUUUGAGGUCCUUCGACACGAGCUCGAAAAGGCCGGGUACCGCGACGGUGACACCCUGUUCGCCGCCCAGUACGACCUCCGCUACGCCCCGCCGGUGCCCGGCCAGUCAUCGGAGGUCUUCUCGCGCUACUUCCGGCGGCUGACGAGGCUCAUCGAGGACGCGAGCGAGAAGAACGAGAACAAGAAGGUGAUCCUCUUCGGGCACAGCUUCGGGGGGAUGGUGGCGCUGGAGUUCGUGCGGAGCACGCCCAUGUCGUGGCGAGACAGGUACAUCAAGCACCUUAUCCUCGUCGCUCCGGUGCUGGCGGAAGGGCUCGUGCAGACGCUGCAGUACUUCGUCUCCGGGUCCGACCUGAUGUACAUCCCCACGGUCACCCAGCUCGCGCUGACUCUGAGGCCCAUGUGGAGGAGCUUCGAGUCCUCCAUCGUCAGCUUCCCGUCCCCGGCGGUGUUCGGGGACAGGCCGCUCGUGGUCACCGCGCGGAGGAACUACUCCGCCUACGACGUGGAGGACCUCCUGGCCGACAUCGGCUUCGGCGCCGGCGUGGAGCCUUUCACGAGACGAGCGGUCCCGAAGAUGAGCUCCUUCCAGGCCCCCAUGGUGCCGACGACGUGCAUCAACGGAGUAGGCAAUAACGACACGCCGGAGCAGCUGGUUUACUGGGACGGCGACUUCGACGCGGAACCCGAAAUAGCGUAUGGCGACGGAGACAAUACCAUCAAUUUGAUCAGCAUGUUGGCGUUCGACGAGAAGAUGCGUCGGCAGCCGGAGCAGAACAAGCUGUACAAGUCCAUCAAACUUCAUGGGGCUGAGCACGGUACUAUUGUGACAGAGGACUGGGCGCUCAAGCGGGUCAUGCAAGAAAUCCUCGAAGCCAAUCGUAUUUGA